AUUUCACAGUUUGCUUGUUUGCUUUAAAAUUGAAUUUCUUUGGUCCAUUGGACUUAUUGGAGUUUAAAUAUUUAUUUUAAUAAUUAUAAUUCAUAACAAUACAAUACUUAAAUUCUUUAAUUAGUUAAAAUGGAAGGUUCCGAGGCUCCAUUAUCUAAAAAAUAGAAAUGAAAUUGGUGUUGAAUAAAUUAAGACUAUAAAUUGAUAAUUUGACAAAAUGAGUGUAUUUAUGAGUCGAUUGGCAAACAAAUAUAUAUACCAAACAAGAUUUAUAUAUACAUCUUGUCGGGCUCAGAGUGAGCUCAAGCGAAGGUUAAAAGCUGAACAAAAAGCUAAGGAGAAAUUGGAAAAGGAAUCGGCUGUUCAGAAAAAAUCACCAGUAGUGAAGAAAGAAAGUGAUUUGUCGGCUGCUACUAAAUCUGCAGACAUUAGUCCUAAUGAAUUCUUUAGUUUACGUCUACAAACUAUUGCUCAAAUGAAAAAAGAUGGUGAGGAACCGUAUCCACAUAAAUUCAAUGUAACUAUAUCUUUAGAAGAAUUCAUUGAAAAGUUCAGUUCUUUGGCUGAAACUCAAAUUUUACAUGAUGAAAAAUAUAGUGUUGCAGGUCGAGUUCAUGCUAUUCGUGAAUCUGGUCCUAAAUUAAUAUUUUAUGAUCUACGUGGGGAAGGUGUUAAAAUUCAAGUGAUGGCGAAUGCUAAACAGUAUACUACUGAAGAAAGUUUCUUUGCAGACACAUCAAAAAUUCGGCGUGGUGAUAUAAUUGGUGUUACAGGCAGUCCAGGCAAAACAAAAAAAGGGGAAUUGUCAAUUUUUCCUAAAAACAUAAAAUUGUUGACCCCAUGUUUGCACAUGUUGCCUCACAUGCACUAUGGUUUAAAAGAUAAGGAGACUAGAUAUAGACAACGAUAUUUAGAUUUAAUCAUUAAUGAAAAUGUGCGUAACAAAUUCAUUAUAAGAGCAAAAGUGAUUUCUUAUGUUCGUCGGUUCUUAGACAAUUUAGGAUUCCUUGAAAUUGAAACUCCAAUGAUGAAUAUGAUUGCUGGUGGGGCAACUGCAAAACCAUUUAUCACACAUCAUAAUGACUUAAAUAUGGAUUUGUUUAUGAGAGUGGCUCCAGAACUUUAUCAUAAAAUGCUUGUUGUUGGUGGUAUUGAUCGUGUGUAUGAAAUUGGCAGACAAUUUCGUAAUGAAGCGAUUGACUUAACACACAAUCCAGAAUUCACUACUUGUGAAUUUUAUAUGGCAUAUGCAGAUUACAAUGAUCUUAUGCAAAUUACAGAAGAUCUUUUAUCUGGUCUUGUAAAAAGUAUUUAUGGCACAUAUAAAAUAAAAUAUCAUCCUGAUGGUGUGGAUGCCAACACUGAACCAUUUGAAAUAGAUUUUACUCCGCCUUUUAAAAGGAUGUACAUGUUCCCAGCUUUGGAAGAAGUUUUGUCAGUUAAGCUUCCUAGUCCUACUGAAUUAGCUACAGUUGAAGCAAAUAAAUUGCUUGAUGAUCUUUGUUUAAAACAUGAAAUUGAAUGCCCGCCACCUAGAACUUCAGCCAGGCUAUUAGAUAAACUUGUGGGAGAAUUUCUUGAAGAAAAAUGUAUAAACCCAACCUUUAUUUGUGACCAUCCACAAGUAAUGUCACCUUUAGCGAAAUGGCACCGUUCCAUACCUGGUUUAACAGAACGAUUUGAAUUAUUUGUUAUGAAAAAAGAAGUAUGCAAUGCUUAUACAGAGUUGAAUGAUCCCAUGAUUCAAAGAGAGCGUUUUGAGCAACAAGCAAAAGAUAAAGCAGCUGGUGAUGAUGAAGCUCAAUUGAUAGAUGAAAAUUUCUGUACUUCUUUAGAAUAUGGCUUACCCCCUACAGCUGGUUGGGGUCUUGGUAUUGACCGCUUAACCAUGUUUUUAACAGAUUCUAAUAACAUUAAAGAAGUAUUAUUUUUCCCAGCAAUGAAACCAGAUGAUCCAAACAAAAAUAAAGAAGAAAAAAAGAAUGAAGAUGAAAAAUCUACUGCAUAAGUACUAUGUAAUGUAAUUAUUAAGUUAUAAUAUUUUUGAAUAAAUUGCAAAUUUUUCAAAUAGUAUCAUA